AUGGACCUAUUCGUGGAGUUAAUUCCUGGAAGUAUUUAUGGAACUACUUGUGGAUCUUUUUGUGAAACUAUUUCUGGAAGUGUUCAUGGAAGUAAUAGUGGAAGUGUUCGUGGAAUCAUUCAAGAAACUAUUCAUGGAAAUAUUCAUGGGUGUAUUCAUGGAAGUAUUCACGAGAGUAUUCAAGAAUCUAUUCACAGAAAUAUUCACGAGAGUAUUAAAGAAACUAUUCAUGGAAAUAUUUAUGGGUGUAUUCAUGAAACUAUUUAUGGAAAUAUUCACGAGAGUAUUCAAAAAUCUAUUCAUAGAGAUAUUCACGAGAGUACUCAAGAAACUAUUCAUGGAAAUAUUCAUGGCUGUAUUCAUGGAAAUAUUCAUGGAAAUAUUCACGAGAGUAUUCAAGAAACUAUACAUGAAAAUAUUCAUGGGUGUAUUCAUGGAAAUAUCCAGGAGAGUAUUCAAGAAACUAUUCAUGGAAAUAUUCGUGGAAAUAUUCAUGGGUGUAUUCACGGAAAUAUUCAUGAGAGUAAUCAUGAAACUAUUCAUGGAAUUCGUGGAAAUAUUCAUGGGUGUUUUCAUAGAAAUAUUCACGAGAGUAUUCAGGAAACUAUUCAGGAAGUUUCGGUGGAACUGUUAUAA